CCAAGUACUCGAUUAGAGACUAGUCGUCGUCGUCGUCGUCGUCGUUAGUACUGUCAAGUACUCACUCAUAUACGUAUUAGUUAUUACUAUAUUCUUAUUUUCGUUAACGGCGCCACAUGUUUGAUGGAAUAAUAAAAUCUCUCCACCAAAACCACCAUUUCCGUACAUCCCUUUAAUGGUUUCAGCUCUCUUUCUCUCUAUCUGGAUUUUGAUUUGUUUAACCAAGCGACUACUCUAAUGGUCAAGAAUUCUCUAAUCCUAUAAAAAAGGGUCGCCUUGUCUUUGAUCUACGGAUUUGAUUCCAUCUUUCUAAUUUUUCAUUUUCUAAUCGCAGUUUCUGUCUUUCUGAUUUCGUAUUCGAUUUGUCUCGUUGACGAGUUCAAAGUCUCUCAUACGAGAACCCAAAAAAAAAAAAAAAAAAAUCCCAUUUUUAUUAAAGUAUUAGACUUUUCCCCUGAAGAUUGUUGUUUCGUGAUGAGUACUGUGGAGAGCAGCAAACCGAAGAUCGUCGAAGGUUCUUGUGGUUAUGUUCUACAAGACGUUCCUCAUCUCUCUGAUUACCUUCCUGGUCUUCCUACUUAUCCUAAUCCAUUGCAAGACAAUCCAGCAUACUCUGUGGUAAAGCAAUACUUUGUUGAUGCUGAUGACAGUGUUCCUCAAAAGAUUGUUGUUCAUAAGGAUGGACCAAGGGGAAUUCAUUUUAGACGAGCCGGGCCACGUCAAAAGGUGUACUUUGAAUCUGAUGAAGUGCAUGCUUGCAUAGUUACCUGUGGGGGUCUUUGUCCCGGCCUUAAUACCGUGAUUAGAGAAAUAGUGAGCAGUCUAUCUUACAUGUAUGGAGUGAAGAGAAUACUGGGAAUAGAUGGAGGAUAUAGAGGCUUUUAUGCUAAGAAUACUGUCUCCUUAGACUCUAAAGUUGUAAAUGAUAUCCAUAAGCGCGGAGGUACUAUCCUUGGGACCUCACGAGGGGGUCACGAUACCACAAAGAUAGUUGACAGCAUUCAAGAUCGAGGAAUCAAUCAGGUUUACAUUAUAGGAGGAGAUGGAACACAGCGAGGAGCAUCAGUUAUAUUUGAGGAAAUAAGACGACGUGGACUGAAAGUUGCAGUCAUUGGAAUCCCGAAAACAAUCGAUAAUGACAUACCUGUGAUAGACAAAUCUUUUGGGUUUGACACAGCUGUAGAAGAGGCUCAACGAGCUAUUAACGCAGCACAUGUGGAAGCCGAGAGUAUAGAGAAUGGUAUUGGCGUUGUCAAGCUUAUGGGUCGCUACAGCGGGUUCAUAGCGAUGUACGCUACUCUAGCAAGUAGAGAUGUGGACUGUUGUUUGAUUCCGGAGUCACCAUUUUACCUAGAAGGAGAAGGCGGAUUGUUUGAGUACAUAGAGAAACGGCUCAAGGAGAGCGGUCACAUGGUGAUUGUGAUUGCAGAAGGUGCAGGACAAGAUCUAAUGUCGAAGAGCAUGGAAACACUCAAGGAUGCAUCUGGUAAUAAACUUCUGAAAGAUGUUGGUCUUUGGCUGUCACAGAGCAUCAAGGAUCAUUUUAAUAAGAAGAUGGUGAUGAACCUCAAGUACAUUGAUCCAACAUACAUGAUUCGAGCUGUUCCUAGCAAUGCGUCAGACAAUGUUUAUUGUACACUUCUGGCUCAGAGUGCAGUGCACGGUGCAAUGGCUGGAUACACUGGCUAUAUUAGUGGUCUAGUGAACGGAAGACAAACCUACAUUCCCUUCUAUAGAAUAACAGAGACCCAGAACCAUGUGGUGAUCACAGACAGGAUGUGGGCGAGGCUACUCUCUUCGACGAACCAGCCAAGCUUCUUGUGCCCAAAAGAUGUCUCUGAUAACAAAGAGAAACUGAUGUCGGCUCUUCUGGACGAUGGCAACUGCAAUGGCACGGUUGAUGUUCCUCCAGUCACCAAAGAGAUCACAAAGUGACACUGAACUGAACAUAAAAGAACUACAACAUAUGCUUUUGUUUGGCGUUUUCAAAUGAUGUCCCAUGUCUUAGAAAGAGUAAAAUAAGUUGAGGAUUUUACCCUUUUAGUUUUGUUGGAUGCCUCAUAUUGUAAAUAAAUUUUAAACCUUACUCUAUCUGUCUAUCCUCUGCCAUGAAAACUCGCCAUGUAUGGUUCCUGUACUCAUCCUCGGUAACGGUCUCUCUUUCAAAGUUAUAAAACCGGUAUUUUUUUAAAAAAUAAAAAUAA